AUGUUUUCAUCGGACGAUGAGAUAUCGGAUGGAUCAGAUUGGUCUUCAAUGUCUGGUGAUUCUGACAUGGAUGAUGACGAUGAAGGAGAAGAGGAACAAUUGAAUUUCAGUAAGACAAAUAUUCAAAAGCCAGCUGAAAGGCCGCAAAUGAAGAGGUCUCUUUUGAGCGGUCUAUUUUUGGACAAGAUGGGUAAUGAAGUCCCAGAAAAGUCGCGUGAAAACGGCAGGCCAAAGUCUAAAAGCCCAGGUUUAGUGGUCUCACCAUCCCUUGGCCCAGUAGAUCAGCCAGAAAUGUCAAGGGCCUCUACCUCUGCCUUUAACGUGAACGCUUCAGCUGACGUGGUUACAUCUCCAACAGAGAAGACAAGAUCUUUGGCACAACGAAAAAUCACAAGCUCGCCGGUGCCUCCAACAGAUCACCAACGCCCAACAAUGACACGGAACAAUUCGAGCAAUAACCCUCAUCUUGUUUCUAAGUCUGCAAUAUCACUGGCAUCGUUUUUGGCCAAUAACAGGAGACCCCAUGCAACCGCAACCGAAAUACAUAAUGGACACUAUGAUCGUCACCACGAGUCCAACGCGCCGCCUACUGCUGCCACCCUUCUCCCCACCGCACUGUCCACUCACAUGUUCCUUCCAACAAUGAACUUACAUCGCCAGUCUAGAGUCAGGGACACGAAACCUUCUACACACUCACCUCUGGUGCCCAAACCAACAGCUAAAACUCAACUUGAUGAUAGAACUAGGCAGGCAUCAAGGGGUAGAUCAGUUGGGCAAGACAACGAUAAAGAGUUCGAAGAGGCUAUUAGUGUCUCCUCCAGCGUUAAGUCAAUCGAGAUUCCAGGAUCUCUAACGCGUUCUAGAACUCAUUCUCAUCGGGACUCUCCGGUCCAUCAUCCUAGCAGGCCCGGUUUAGAAAAUCGGGGCAGCUCGUAUCUUACAAAGGUGUCGCCUGCUGUCACUACAAGAGAAAUGUUGACCAAAGAGCUUCCAUCUAACCUUGUGGAAUCUAUCAAUAAUGAAAACAAACUAAUUCAUGCAUCAUCCACGAAUUUGAGCGAACUUUCUAGUCAUGCACGCUUACACAACUAUAUACACACGAACCAGUCCUCUACUGCUACAUUGAUGAAUGGAAUUGUCACAGCAGAUGAAGACAGCAGUUCUGAGAGUGAACCGUCGAACAACAUUAUUGCAAACGGCAUAAUGGGUAACAAACUAAAGUUGCUGACUACAGAUACCCAAAGUGCACCAUUCAUUGAUGACGACCAUCUUGCAUACAAUCAAGAUAGAGACGAUGAUUGGGAAGAUAAUCUGAAUUAUCACGCCAGAGGUUGGUAG